AUGGAUCACGGGACCCAAGGCUGUGACAACCGCAGCAAUAGCGGAGAGGGAGGCUCUCAGAUUGAGAUACUUGGGAUUGAACGUAGGACCGCUCAAGAAUACGUUGGAAGGCUGAAACUGCAAGCACAAGAUGCAUUUGCGUCCGUCAUGCGGACGGUACCCGUCGUUCUCUUCUCGGGUCAGACGGAGGCGGAAAAUGAUAUCGUCUUCACGCGUUGGGCUCGUAGAGCACGUCGUAUGCCAAGCUUACGGAAUAUCCAAAAGAGCGCUUCGCUCGUCGAAUUUCUGCUGGAACGGGAGAAGCGUUUUGAUUUCGCCAAUGAAGAGGCCAAAGGCCAACUGCGAUCAUUUUGUCGCACACGCUAUGCUGCGGCAGCCACAGACCUGCGCCUCAGUGCACCUGCACCAGCUGCAGCUGCAACCUCCUCCACUCCCACAUCGGCUAGUGGGAAGCGGCAUGGGUCGACUGAACCGGAAGACGACGUUUAA